AUGGCCCUGCCAUGGUUCCAGCUCCCAGCAGAGAUCCGCAACAAGAUCUACGAGUAUGCCUUCGAGUCCCUCGUCUUCACACCGCUCCAACCGCCGUCCAACGUGGACGGACCCAAGCCCCGUCGACCGCAUUCCACCGCAUUUGCGUCCCUGGCCGUGUGCAGAAAGUGGCAGAGUGAGGUGACACCGUACCUCCUGCCACGGGCCACGUUCGAUUUCACCGACCACCCGGGAGACCCGCCGCCCCAGCUCCUCUCUGCCACCACCCAGGCAGCCUGCGCGGUGAUGCGGCACGUGGUGAUCCUGGAAACGCACUGCUUCAGCACGGAUUGGCUGCACGACGUGCUGGGCAAGAUGGCCCACCUGCAGACUGUGACCAUCCGGAAGCUGAGGAAGACCGGGCCCGUGGAUGGCAGCGUCUUUGACGGCCCACGGUUGACGCAGGAUUUCAUCGAGAGGGUCAAGUGCAACCCGGUCAAGACCCUGUUGACGGGAUAUCGGUUCGAUCAUAUAUAUAUCAAGGAGAUGCUGAAAGGUCGUCAAGGUUGGCAGGAGAGAAGACUCUUGCUAGAAGGGACACUGUGGCUGGGGGACAAUGCGGAGGAUGUUCACUCAAAGUUCGCCAUCGACCUGGACUCGUGGCGGGUGCGGAUCGAGGGCGUCCUCGAAGGAGGCACGGUAUACGAAGUCCAAGCAACCGAGCCUGUCCCGGUCAAACCCGCCCGUUUCGAGGACGAGGAGGGCAUGUUCGAGUACCUGAUCAGCCAGCAUUGGGCGUCCUUGCAGCACAGCCAGGGCAUCUACUGA